CUAACGAUCUAACCUCGCCGGUGUUCCUUUGACGCUGUUUAGCAGUUUAUCAAAAAAAGUGCUUAUAUAUAUUGUUUAAACAAUUAGUUUAAAAAAGUUUUGUUUAAAAUAGACAAAUAAAUUUACAAAAUGAGCGGAAUUGGAGGAAAUACAUCUCGUCUUGUUGGCACAGCAAAAUAUGUUACAAUUAAUCAAACACAAUGUCUACGUAGAUCCAUGUCAAACUUGGCAAAUCAAUCAAAUAAUAUUACCAGAAAUUCAGCUACACAAGUUAAAUCAAAUGAUCUUUCUAGUUGUCAAUAUGCAGGAAAACAACAAGAUACUCAAGCUAAAAUAGCAUCAGCUAAAUAUUGGAACAUUAUGAGUGCUGCUGCAAACAAAAUAUCAUCAAUAGCUGAAAUUUUUAAAAAUAAAAUUACUGCUGAGGAAGAAGAAGAAGAAGAAAAACCAUUAACAUCAAACGUUGGUAAAUUUAAUUUAUCACUCUAUGGUGGUACUGUCACAUUGAAAGCACGAGGAAUUGAUGAAACAUACUGUUGGGAUGCUCCACUUAACAUUGAAGGUGACAAAGAAUUGAUGGAAAAUUUACAGAAUACAAUUGCUGUUAAAGGUGAAGUAAAAGUUGGUAAAUUUAAUUUAUUAUUCGAUAAUGAUAAAUUAACAUUAAAAGUACGAGGAAGAAAUAAAAGUUUUAUUUUCAAUCACAAACUUGACAUUACUGAAAAAUCGGCUAAAGAUUUACAGAAAAAAAACGAUACUAGUAUAUUUUUUCCACAAGAUAAACAUUUUAUUGUAUCGGCUUAUGAUACUAAAUACACAAUAAAAACAGAAGAAGCUGAACAAACUGUAGUUCCCAAGCUUCGAAAUAAGAAUGGAUAUUCAACAAAUCUAAGUACAAAUGGCUCACCUAUCGAAGAAUUUAUCGAAGAAAAUCAAAUAGGAAUAAAAACAAAAGAAAAUGAUAAAACUUUUGUUUUGAAGCACACGGUUAACAUGAAAGUCAAUGAUGAAAAACCGUCUGAAAAUUUAAAUAAUGCUGUUGAAAAUUUUCUAAAAAUUUUCAGAAGAAAUGAUAAAUUUGAAAUAAUUAUUAACAGCGGCGUGGUUAUACUAAGCACACAAGAAAAUGAUGAAAGUAUGGGUUUCGAAAAUUCACUUCGCUUUGUAGUUGAAAUGAAUAGUCAAAUAUUACAUACUGGUUUUCACUUCGGCUUCAAAUGUAGUGAACCUUAUGUUUUGGCAAAAUAA